CCCACUGGUCAGAAACGCAAGCUCUGGGUGGGGCCAGGGCUUCAGUGUCCCUCGGCCCCAAGCCGGGGGCCGCGGAGAUCGCCCUGGCCCGCUGGGGAGUGCGGUUCUGGCGGCAGGGGGACCACGAGUGCUUGCUGUGGGGCGUGUUCUGUAUGUCCUCGUGCCGGGGACCUCACUGUAUUCUGUGCGGCAGCUUCCGGUGUGUUGUGAAACCUAGCACAGGUGGCAUUGUAGAGGCGGGAACUCAGAUUUGGGCUCUGCAAAGCUGUGAAACAUGGGGGGACUACAGCCGCUGGUGGGGGGGCUCCCUGCUCCGGCCGCGUCUGGUUGCAGUGUGACGCGGCGCUGUUGCGUGGGGCUCACCCCCUGAAAGUAGAGGUCCCUGCCUGGUGAGGCGCCAAACCCGGAGAAGUCAGCACCAAAGCUCAGUGUUACGUCAAGCACAAUUUUACUUAUUUAAAGGAGUUUAUUUUUUAACUGCUUUCCAUACUCUCUGUGGGGCUCAAACUCAAAAUCCUAAGAUCGAGAGUUGUGUGCUCCACCGGUGGAGCUGGCCGGGUGCCCCUUAAGUGCCAUUUUGAAGCAGACUUUUAUGUAUGUUGGUUUAAAGGGCUUGGUUUCAAAGCUUAGACCUAGAACACAAAAGCUAUAUUUUAGAAACGGGCAGGAAAUCUGUGUGUGCCCAUGAAUUCGUUGUUGCAGCUUUUCUGGUUAAAGGCGGCUGAAGACAGCUGUCAGAUCUCUGGAGGUCCUGCCCCAGGACCGUGUGGCCCAGGACGUGGUCUCCCGCCAUCAGCAUCUCCCUGCCACGACGGUGCACGUCGGACCGAGGACGAGCCUACACGUGUCACAGCAACCAUACGCCUGUGGGGUUUUGACAAAUGUAUGGUGUCAAAUAGCCACUGUUGCAGCAGCCUCCAGUGUCCUGCCACCAUCCUAAAGCCCCCUGUGCCCACCUCUUCACGCCGUUCCCCUCUGGCGACCACUCCUCUUCUCCCCGGGCCCACAGUCGGCCUCGCAGAUGGCUGGCGCUCACUUAGCAAGCUGUGGUUAAGGUCUGUUCAGUCUUGUAGAAUGCUGGGCAGGCAGCUCUUCCCUUCAGCACGUCCCCGCUGUCCCUGCCCUCUGGCCCGCCGCUGUCUGGCCAUGGCCCUGGGCCCUGUGGAGGUGGUUCCCCAGCCCGUGGGCUUGGGACCCUGGCGGAGUGACAGUCCUGGUUCCAGUGUCGUCUUCAGCUGAGUCAUGGCAACCCCGGAUGUGAGUGUCCACAUGGAGGAGGUGGUGGUGGUCACAACGCCGGACAGCGCGGUGGACGGGAGCAGCGUGGAGGAGGUGAAGACUGUGCUGGUGACGACCAACCUGGCUCCCCACGGGGCCGAGCUGGCGGAGGACAGCAUGGAGACGGAGAACGCUGCGGCGGCCGCGGCGGCCGCGUUCACGGCAUCCUCGCAGCUCAAGGAGGCCGUAUUAGUGAAGGUGGCUGAAGAGGAGGAGCGUCUGGAGGCCGAAAUCGUGUACCCCAUUACCUGCGGGGACAGCAGAGCCAACCUGAUCUGGAGGAAGUUUGUGUGCCCGGGCAUCAACGUCAAGUGUGUUCAGUAUGACGAGCAUGUGAUCAGCCCGAAGGAGUUUGUGCACCUGGCCGGCAAGUCCACCCUGAAGGACUGGAAGAGGGCCAUCCGCAUGAACGGGAUCAUGCUUAGGAAGAUCAUGGACUCUGGGGAGCUGGACUUCUACCAGCACGACAAGGUCUGCUCCAACACCUGCCGCAGCACCAAGAUCGAUCUCUCGGGUGCCCGUGUGUCCCUGAGCAGCCCCACCUCUGCCGAGUACAUUCCGCUCACUCCCGCCACGGCUGACGUGAACGGGUCUCCUGCUACCAUCACCAUAGAGACCUGUGAGGAUCCCAGUGACUGGACCACGGCCAUCGGAGACGACACCUUCUCCUUCUGGCGAGGGCUCAAGGACGCGGGUCUGCUGGACGAGGUCAUACAGGAGUUCCACCAGGAGCUGAUGGAGACCAUGAAAGGCCUGCAGCAGCGGGUCCAGGACCCCCCACUACAGCUCCGAGAUGCCGUCCUCCUCAACAACAUCGUGCAGAACUUUGGCCUGCUGGACCUGGUGAAGAAGGUGCUGGCGAGUCACAAGUGCCAGAUGGACCGCUCGCGGGAGCAGUACGCCCGUGACCUGGCAGCCCUGGAGCAGCAGUGUGACGAACACCGUCGCCGGGCCAAGGAGCUCAAGCACAAGUCCCAGCACCUCAGUAACGUGCUCAUGACGCUGACCCCCGUGUCCCUGCCGCCCCCCACGAAGCGGCCCCGGCUGGCUCGGGCCACAUCCGGGCCGGCGGCUGUCGCCUCGCAGGUGCUCAGUCAGUCUGCCCAGAUCGCCCUCAGCCCCGGCGUGCCCGUGUCCCAGCUGACCGGCGUGCCGCUCGGCAAGGUGGUGUCUGCGCUGCCCUCCCCUGUGCUGGGCAAGGCACCCCCCCAGGCCGCUCCUGCCAGCUCCCCCGCCUCACCGCUACUUGGGGGGUACACAGUGCUGGCCUCGUCGGGCACCGCCUUCCCCGGCGCGGUGGAGAUCCACCCGGACGCAUCGAGCCUCACGGUUUUGAGCACGGCCGCCAUGCAGGACGGCAGCACCGUGGUCAAGGUGGUGAGCCCCCUGCAGCUGCUCACCUUGCCGGGCCUGGGCCCCGCCCUGCAGAACGUGGCCCAGGUGUCACCCGGGGGCAGCACCAUCGUGACCGUGCCCACGGGGGCCGUCGAGAGCGCCGUGGCCGCCUCGGGGCCCGAGGAGCAUACGGCCACCAUCGAGGUGGCCGCCAUGGCGGAGGGCCCCGAGCACAAGUAGACACUGGUGGAAGGCGAGGCCCCUCGGGGGCACAGGGCCGGCUGCCUCUCCUCAGGCCGUGGCCGGGCAGGAGUGCGGCCCCAGCACCCCGCGGGUGACGUGGGGCUGAACCAAAGAGAGGAAACACCGAAACCGAAGAGGAGUAAAAGGGACCGCGGACGACAGACCUGUGCGGCCGGCCUCGCUCUCGGACCUCCUCCCCCUUCUUUCUUAGGAAAUACAUGUUUCCAUCUGUUGCUUAUUGACACUGUCUACACGUUGGGCCUGAUCAGGAGCCAGGUAGAGAGACGAGGAGGCAGAGCCGGGGAGCGGGGCACAGACCCCGCGGCACAAGGGGCCUCUCGGGGGCCUGAGCCGGCUGGGGAGGGGGUGUCACUAACACAUGUCUUGGGAACCGUCCCCAAGUGUGGAAACCCACGGAUCCUAUGGAUUUGGCUUCUUCCCACAGUUUUCUGUAGGUUUAGUGUGGCCCGGCACCCUGUCCUCCUGUGUCCGAACAGGCCUCGGUGCUGGGCUGCGGUUCCUGGGCACCCGGGAGGGUUGGAGGGAACCCCCCCGGCACCCGCCUGAGCAGGGGGCCAUGGGGCCCCAGCAGCAGGGUUUGCCGUCUGCCCGCCUCCCCUCCACCCGGCAGGGGCUCGAGGGGCCCACCCGGGGCUGUUGCACAAGCCCUGGGGGUGUUUUUAAGCGAAUUGUUUUGUAGGCUUCUAGGAAGAGGCAGAUUUGUAGCCUUUUCAGCCCAAGCAGUGCUGAGUGCCUGGCUCCCUGAAUUUGCUCUGGGUUCCGGCGUGCUGUCCAGAAGCAGCUGUUGGGACGGCCCAUGGGGGCUGUGUGUGCUGGUGGUUCCCGCUGCUCUAGCCAUGAGCGCGGGGCACCAGCAGGCUGCCUGGGGAGUGUGACUGUGCGUGUGCCCCUGGGGCUUCGGCCCCGGGGGCUGGGGGUGUGGACAGAACCAGACAGGAACUGAGGAUGAUGGCCUGGGCCAAGGGUGCUCCUGCCACCCCCCCAGGGGGCUUGCGACUCCUCUGCUCAGCCUGUCGAUGGGCCACCAUGACAGCCUUAGUGGCCCGCGCCCCCGGCCCCUGCCUGGAGGUGGAGAUGCACCUGCUGGCUGACGCUGCUGCCUUCAUCUGCGCCUGCGCCAGGGCCAGUCGUGGUGGGGGUGGGGAUGCUCACUGGUAGGGCCACGUGUGGGCCGUCGGCAGGUGUGGUUUUGUACGCAGAGGGGAGAGUAGGCAAGGGUCCCCCGAAGGCCUGGGGCCGUCGCCGGCAGGGCCCCAAGGCCCGUCUGAGCCCUUGAGAGGCAGGUCCCCCUUAGACCUGCCGGUUCCGUUGCCUGCUGAACACCCUUCUCGGGGAGGGGCGGGGGCUGCGAGGACAAGCUGCCGCCCCCCUGUGCUUUGAAGGGAACUGGGCUCUGCGUGCCCUUCCAUCCCUCAGGUGCCCCAGACCUACCGGAGUGGGCCUCGCCCCCCAAGUCAAGCCACUGAGGUGGUCUUUUCCUGUUCGCUUUCUGUUGCCUACUUGUUUGCCGUUGUCACGGGUCAGCCGGUUUCAGCAUGACGUUUACUUGCUGGCGUGUGUCCUCCACCUCACGGAGUCCCAAUGCUGUUGGGCCUGCAACCCCCGGGGCCCUGCCUGGCCUGGCCUGUCCGUCUGCACCAGCUCAGACCGUAGGAGAAACCACGUGGACGAUAAAACCGGGUCUUGGCCGUUGUUGCGGCCCCCUUUGAAGCCGCUGCCCUGCUGCCCUGCCCUCAGACCGCAGGGGUGUGGGGGGAGGUGCGCCUCGGGGCCAUAGAAGCAGAAGCCACAGCUUCUUCACAAGGGCAGCCCCUCCCUCCUUCCGCCCCGGCUGGGGGCAGACACCUGUGCCUGGAGGGGCCCUGAGCAGGGGAGGGUUCCUGGAGCUCUGUCUGUCCCUGCUGCUCCCCCCUUGCCGGGCGCCUCAGGGCGGGACCACGGGCGGCUUCUGGGGAGCGGGACUGGAUUGGGUUUUUCUCUGGGUGCCAGGCGCCGGCUCAGGGGCAGCCUGGGGAGGGGAAGCAUCCGGGUUCUACUUUGUAUGUUGUUUUGCAAGUAUCUGCUUGGUACUUUGAUUUACAGUAAAAACAUUUUUCAUAA